GGAAAAAACCGUUGUUGAAAUCAAAAUCCCUAGAUCUGAAAAAUAAAAAUAAAAUAUUUCGAAUCCCUAGCGCUGCCGCUCUUGUCAAGUUUGAUCACCAUGGACGAAUCUGCUGGCAUAAGAAGAGAUCUGAAAUCGCUGGAUUUGAACGAUCGUGUUGUUGCAGACUCUCCGAAACCCAAACCCCAACCCCAACCCCGGACGACUAUAUCCGUGGAGGGAUAUGACACGAGGCUCUGUGAGUAUGCUCUCAAGCUCGCGCUGAAGAAACACUUCUCUUCAUGCGGAAGGGUCGGUCAUAUUUAUGUUCCCAGAGACUAUAAAAACGGUAUCCUUAAGAGUGUUUCCUUCAUGUUCUUGUCUGGAGAAGGUGUCGAAGAAAAGGCAUUGGAACUCAAUGGAACUGACGUUGGAGGAUGGACUGUAAUCGUUAAGGCCGCACCCUCUCAGACAGAAUACAUGGAUCCUCCUUGUCCUGUUAACCAAGCAAAAAUACAUCGGGUCCGCGUUACCGGGUUUGACACUUCGCUUCCUGAGAUUGAUCUCCAGAUGGCGCUCUGUGAUCAUUUCCCUUCAUGUGGAGAGGUCUGGCAAGUUCGGGUUCUUUCUAGCAUUCCAGUAGCUUGUAUUUAUCUUAGGGGAAAAAGUUGUGUAGUAGACAAGGCGCUUAAUCUAAAUGGAUGUAACAUGGGAGGAAUGAAUCUUGCAGUUGAACCUAAUCAGCCGCAACCGGGAGACAUAGUAAUCAAAAGAGAGCGUCUCUGCACUACUACUGGCUAUGUGCUCCCAAGUGUCUUAAUCAGGGCGUCCGAGAAUAAGAAGAAGAAGUUGGAGAUGGAGAUUGAGAUGGAGAUGAAUGAGAACAAGAAGAAGAAGAUGAAGAUUAAGCUGGCCAAGUUGGACAAGGAGAUUCAGAUGCGUAAGGAGAAUAAGGUGAAGUUGGAUAUGGAGAGGAAGAAGAGGCUAGAGAUGGAGAAUCUUGAGAUGGCUCAAGAAUCUUUGAUAUAAUUCAGAAAUUCAGAGAUCUAAACAAGAAUGGAAGCCAUUAUCAGACAAGAGGAACAGAGCAGAUGAGUAACCUUCUAUAGGAAUUCCACAUUAUGUGCUGCUGCUAACCAUAGGAGUCAGAACAUGAGUUUAAGGUUAUAGGCCUAGAUCAUUGCCUCGAUAUGCAAAAUUACAAAAUAAGCCUUUUCAUACAAGAAGCUAAACAGCAAAGGUUCAUAUGCAUAAAUGAGAAACCUUUGAGAAAUAGAUAGAAAAGAGAAACCAAGCCAUAGGAGAUUUACUAACAUGAAAAUCGGAGCUACUGAGGCAUCGAGCAAUCUGUUGGAACAGAGGGACCAUACAGCGUUGGAACUCAACAGUUUGUGUUGCGCCUCCAGAACCUCUUUAAGUUCACCAAGAAAGAGAACCUCUUUUGUACAGUUUGUCACAGGCCAAAACUUCAGCAAUCCCCUGAUUACUGUAUCCGCAAGCUUAUAAUCUUUUUCCGCAA